GGAAAAUCUUCGCAUGUCCUCGCGAUCCUCGACGCUAGGGCAGCGUACGAUUGCUUGCAAAACAAGUGCGCGGUCGAACGACACUUGCAAAACAAGUACGCAGUCGAGCGAUACGUAGCGGGGAGCGAGCGAUACGUAGCGGGGCAGCCCAGGCAGCUGGACAAGAGGCAGCUCCCGGCUGCUGGAGGAUACCCGCGUGUGCUGCCGCGUGCAGCACAG